AGGGGCGUGGCCACGCGGCAAAGAUGGCGGCGCCCCGCCCCGCCGUGAGGGAGAGGCGCGGGGCGGGGCGUGAGGGAGAGGCGGGAAGAUGGCGUUGGCCUGGGCGGCGGUGGCGCUGAGGGCAGCGGGCGGCGUGAGGAACCUGCGGUGGGCUCAAUGACGUCACGUAGAGCAUCGCCCCUUCUGAGGUCGCUGCCGAGGGUCGGGCAAUGAGAGGGAAGGGAGGGGCCAGCCCGUGUGUGAUGUCAUCGCUCUGAUGACAUGUAUGACGUCAUUACCCUUCCCACAGGCCCUCCCCGCCUCUGCAGCACCCAGGAGACCCCCAAGGAGACCCCCAAGGACCCCCCGGCCGCCCCCUCCCCCUACCAGGAGCGGCCCUGGGAGUACCUGGAGAGCGAAGAGUACAGGGCCACCUACGGGGACAGGCCGGUGUGGCACGGCUACCGGCGCAACCACAAGGGCUCCGUGCCCCCCCAGAGCCCCCGCAAGGCCUGCCUGCGCCGGGGGAGGCCUGUGGGGAACCCCUGCCCCAUCUGCCGGGACCGGAACUUGCUCGUGGAUUUUCGGAAUGUGAAGCUUCUUGACCAGUUCAUCUGCCCCCACUCCGGCGUCAUCUUCCACCCCAUCCACACAGGGAUCUGCAUGAAGCAGCACAAACGCCUCUCCCAGGCCAUCGCCCAGGCCCAGGACCACGGUCUCCUGUGGCUCCAGGUCCCUUUUGUGCCGGUUCCUGAGGAGGAUUUCUCCAACCAACACGCGGCCGUGGGCAAAACUCCCCCGGCGCCGGCGCUGAGGGAGCCGGGCAAGGCCUGGUACCCCUGGUACGAGUGGCAGCAGCCCCCCGCCGACGAGGUGGCUCGGAUGCGCCAUUUGUACCGGGGAUUCCUUAAGGAGGAUUACCCGGAUACCCCCCCGAGCCCGUCGGGGAAAUAAAAAUGUUGAAAAUCCCCUAAAA